GCGUCUGAUGUGCCCGACGGUCCCAGGAAGCAGCGGUGCUUAUUUCAUAUUUUAUAGCGAUUUAGACGGAGGAAGCGUUGAAUUUCGAGGUCAGGGUGUACAAAUGAAGAAAGUAAAAUAAUUUCAAAUUAUUUUAGGUUAGCUUGCAGGCGACGUCAGGGGACUUUUGUUAUGAUUUGGCGUUGAUAUCGACGAUGUUUACGGUGCUGCCUUAUAAGUUCCUCUAAAGGGUGGCCAAUAACUGGAGCCUUUAGCCUUCAACUGCCUAAAUAUUAGGCAGGAAAAUACGAAGAAACACACCAUAUUUCUCUUAUAUCGUGGGGUGGCGGCAAGCCAAUAAUUGACUCUGGAGCAGGACACGGAGGAUAGUAUGGCCAUGACGGGAGGGACUGCAGCUGCCCUUCCCAUGAGCAACCACACUCGAGAGAGGGUGACUGUGGCCAAGCUGACACUGGAGAACUUCUACAGCACUCUGCUCACCCAGCACGAGGAGCGAGAGAUGAGGCAGAAGAAGCUGGAGAAGGCCAUGGACGAAGAGGGUUUGCCAGACGAGGAGAAGGUAAUGCGCCGCUCGCAGCAUGCCCGUAAGGAGACUGAAUUUUUACGACUCAAGAGGACGCGACUUGGCCUUGAUGAUUUUGAGUCCCUGAAAGUUAUUGGACGAGGCGCUUUUGGAGAGGUGCGUUUGGUGCAGAAAAAAGACACAGGGCACAUUUACGCCAUGAAGAUCUUGAGGAAAGCAGACAUGCUGGAGAAAGAGCAGGUUGCUCAUAUCCGGGCAGAGAGGGAUAUUCUGGUGGAGGCAGACGGUGCCUGGGUGGUCAAGAUGUUUUACAGCUUCCAGGACAAGAGGAACCUCUACCUCAUCAUGGAGUUCCUGCCUGGAGGUGACAUGAUGACCCUGCUGAUGAAAAAGGAUACUCUGUCUGAAGAGGCCACUCAAUUCUACAUCGCAGAGACGGUUCUGGCCAUCGACUCCAUCCACCAGCUGGGCUUCAUCCACAGAGACAUCAAACCAGACAACCUGCUGUUGGACUCCAGGGGACAUGUGAAGCUGUCAGAUUUUGGUCUGUGUACGGGACUGAAGAAGGCUCAUCGCACAGAAUUUUACAGGAACCUGACGCACAACCCGCCCAGUGAUUUCUCCUUUCAAAAUAUGAACUCCAAAAGGAAAGCAGAAACCUGGAAGAAGAACCGGAGGCAGCUGGCUUAUUCUACUGUGGGAACGCCAGACUACAUUGCUCCUGAAGUCUUCAUGCAGACGGGGUACAACAAGCUGUGUGACUGGUGGUCUCUGGGCGUCAUCAUGUAUGAAAUGCUCAUCGGUUACCCACCUUUCUGCUCCGAGACACCACAGGAGACAUACAGGAAGGUGAUGAACUGGAAGGAAACACUUGUCUUCCCACCUGAAGUCCCCAUCUCAGAGAGGGCCAAAGACUUGAUAUUAAAGUAUUGCACUGAUGCUGAGAACAGGGUUGGAGCAGUGAGUGUGGAAGAGAUCAAGAGUCAUCAGUUUUUUGAGUCAGUGGACUGGGAGCACAUCAGGGAGCGGCCAGCAGCCAUCUCCAUUGAAAUCAAGAGUAUCGACGACACCUCAAACUUUGAUGACUUCCCUGAAUCAGACAUCCUUCAGCCAGCCAACGCAACGGAGCCAGACUUCAAAUCGAAGGACUGGGUGUUCCUCAACUACACAUACAAACGCUUUGAGGGUCUGACCCAGCGAGGCACCAUCCCCACAUACAUGAAGGCAGGGAAGGCCUGACACGCCGAGACGGGGAGAUGGCGUUGUGGAGAAAAAAACAGACGUUUACGGACACAGGGUCGGGCCGUGGAGCCCCGCUGGUGCUGAAGGCUGCGCUGUCAGCCUCUCAGUAUAAAUUUAACCCUCAUCACAAGUUAUUUAGGUCUGCUCGGCCGCUGCAAGAACACCAAGAGCUCGGAAAUUAAGGAGCGUUACCGCAUUACCUCGGUUGUUUAUAUCGUAUACACGUGCCGUCUUUAGCCAUAGCUCUCAGGCCAGCUCACUAACUAGGACACUAAAUCAGCAUAUCUGCAUGUUCAGCGGCAUACUGCUUCUGGAGAGGAUUUUUUUUACUCCCGUGGGAAUGAGGAUCGAGUACAAAUCACUGCUUCGACAUCUUCACAGCGAUAGUUUCUACACUGGCGGCUAAAUUAGCUCUGCUGCAAACAUAGUUUCUAAUACUGAAGACAAGCUCUAUACACUGUAGACAACUCUGAAAGAUUACUGAGUAAGAACUGGUACCCCUCAGUUGUUCUCGUCCAUACUGUUAUAGCCUGUUUGUGGAUUUUAAAGGAAGGUUCCAGCAUGAUUUCUAUUGUUUUUGGUCACUUUCUGCUUUGUAUUUAAAGGGAUACUUUACCCCCAAAUGACCUUUUGUAUAUCAGUUAAUCACCAUGUGUUAUGUUGAAUUUGUGUAGAAAACUUUGUUUUUCUUGCAUGCCAACACUCUGAAUGAAGAAUCCAAAACUAUAGAAGAUUCUUGGUGAAUUGAAGUCAUAGGGGUCCAUGUUUAACAACCAAAAAACUAUAUCUGAACAUCUGCUUACAAACUCUCAGACAACUCGUGCAGUGUAAUCCAAGUCUCAUGUAUCUCUUGUAUGCUCAGUACUUCUUAAACAAACUGCCCUUUCCGAUGGGGGACUGAAUUCAAUGUAGCACAGUGUGAGUAAUUGAUAUACAAAUGGUAAUUUGGGGGGGAUGAGGCAUUCCUUUAAGAGCUACUCCCACUGACAAAGAUAGCAUCCAUUUAAAAUUGCAAAGUGAGGAAAAUCUGUAAUGCAUUUUUAAACUGGAACCUGGUGCAACCUCAACAUCAGCUUUUCUUUAUGUCAGAGGAGACAGCUACUGAAGAUCGUAGUGGUACUUGUUAGCAAAAUGCUAGUUAGCAAAAUGCUAGUGGAGCUCAGUUAUCAUCAAACUUAUCUGAGGCAGUUGUAGGUACUCUAUGUUUAGCAUGCUAGCAGCAUAUCUACUACUGUUGGAUGGAUUGCGUGAUGACAUUUGGCAUACGCUUUCAUGCCCCUUUGGUGAUCCCUUACCUUAACGUCUAGCACCAUCAUCAUGUCAAAUGUCUCCGUCAGAUGCUUUUGUUUCUGACCAGAUAUUUCUAAAACUAAUGACAUUCCCAUCAGCAUCAGCCGUACAAGUGCUAAUUAGCAUGCUAACAUGCUAAACUAAGAUGGGGAACAUGUUAACAUGUUGUCUGUGGAUGUUAGUAUGCCGAUGUUAGCAUUUAGCUCAAUACAUCUGGGAAUUCUUUAGGUGUAAACGUUUUUUUUUUUAUCAUAAUCAUAGUAUGAUUAUUUUUUGCCUGUGAUGGAGGAGACUGAAUUGAACAUGUCGUUUUUAGUAACAUUAGCAUCAAACAGAUAGAAAAUAUAAAACAGAAGAGCAAAAACCCCGAUCAUGCUGGAAUCCUCCUUUAACCCUCCUGGUGGUGGUAAACACAGUGCGACUUUGUGUCAGCCCUGCGGGACAACUCUUCCUGUGGCACUGCCUCAGCGCUGUUGCUUUUCUCACAGAGGAACAACUUGUUGCCAGGAAACGUGUGAAUGCAGUUUGCCCUGUGCUUGACAUCUGUUACUGUGGAGUGUUGCCCAUUCACACAUAAGCCAAACAAAGUGCAGAGUGUGCCACUUCCCUUCAGAGCCCCUCGUGUGGUUCAGAUCAGUGCCACAGUAAUUGAUCAUUUCCCCCUGAUUUUAAUUCUAGCGAGCCCAGGGGCCAAUCGCUUCCUUCUUAGGUGGACGAAACAUGCAAAGUGCCUUUAAAUAGCUGAGAAAUAUUUAACUGGAUAUUCUACGGAUGUUAUCAGAGACUAAUCAGAAGGUAUUGAUUACUAUUAGAUAUAGAGCUGUUUGAAGAAGGGAAAAGUGAGAGAAAAGGAAAAAAAUCUGUCUUAAAGUAAAUGGAAAGCUCUGAUGUGUCAGGUUAUAUUAAGUGUGUCUGCAGAGUGACAAAACACUUGACGUGAUAAAGGUGAUAAAACAGAAACAAAGGCAGAAUAGAAAAAUUGCAGGUUUUUAUAGGUUAGAUAAUUAAACCAGGGGCUCAUAAAAACAGAAUGCGCCAAGACAAACACAAUGAACAAAGUGUCGUUGUUUGUCAAGUUAAGAUGAAACUAAAAUAGAAACUAAAUAAGAGUAGAUCAACACGGUGGAUAUCUUAGACACGUGUACUGUUUUUGUAUGUCUCAUUUUAAUUCAAGUAUCCACUGGAUGUAUUUAAUGUUAUUUUCCCCCCUCGAUCUUAGAAGCUAAUGUCCUGUCUUUUUCAACAAAACCAACCAUGUAACCAACAUGUCUGCUCAGAGUUGUGACUAGACACAGAGCUAAACAUAGUUACCAAAGAACUCUGAUCAUCACACGUCGUGAUCUGAACACAUAUUCAGAUGUAGCUGUCGCUUAUACUGCACUUAACUGAAAACUACCUUUAAAAAAAACAAAACAAAACACCUUUCCAAGAGAGCUAAACUUGGCUAAGGAAUAAUUUGCCAUUUUUAUUUCUAGAAAACGAGUGAGAAGAGACAGAUGUUUCUCAGUUAGCACAUCUGUUAAGUGUCAAAACGCAAGCUAUAAAUGUACACACAGGGACAGGAAAUAUACCGAGGACUCUUACCAUGUUGAACUCAAGUUCAGCUGUAGCCAUCACAGGAAUCCCAUAUUAAACUGUGUGUGGUGCUAUUUCUGAGGAAUUGAUAGGGAACGUUUGUGGUCUUGCAGUUUGAUGAAGUAGAUUGGUGUAUGAUGAUACACCUGUACCAGUGUGUCCUCUUACAUUUUAUCAGUUUAAACUGGAAUUCAUCCAGUUAGUUAGGCCAAGAACGCACCGUAAGGACUUGGAGUUGCAUUACAUAAGCAAUGUGCAAGGGUUGUAUAUUUCUGCAUUAUUUAUUAUUUUUCAUGUGUGUUGAUAGAUGAGAUGUUGUGCUGAUAUUCUGUAUAUUUAAAUCGGAUGAUUUUCAUAUCAAUUGGUUUCCCUAACAUUUUAAAGGGGCACUCCAGUGAUUGUAGAAUUGCAUCCAUAGAAAUAGAAUGAGAGUAGAAUGGAGAUUCAAAUCGUCAGAGAGGCAGCCAUGUUUAUGUGUACUAAUGUCAUUGCAACUGUUGUAGUGGGCCAACUUUUGUAUAUACUUCCAUAUAAACAAACCAACUUGCGGCAAGUCAUGCACUCACUGAGGUGAGGUUUUGCCGUUAUACCGAACGAGUAGUGGAGAAUUACUUUUUUAAAUUAGCAGUCCGUUCAUUUUAAAAUAUUACUGUAACUGCUAUUUCCAUUUUUCUUUUAUUGCAAUUAAUUGCACGUUUGUUGAAACAUUAUGUAAUAUUACUGAGACUGAGGGGAUAAACAGCAUGCAUAUGAACAUAUUUUUUACAUCUAAAGCCCCGAUCAUACAGAAAACAUUUUAGCAGCUGGAGGUGCCUUUUUGUUAUUGGUUUUAUUAAGAAUGAAGCUUUUUACUCAGCCGUUUUUGCAUUGCUCCUGCACUCAAGGCGCCUUGCGUUUUGUGGAGCGCUCUGAACUCCUCCUUCGUCAUCUUUUUUCCCAUUGUCCAGUCAGAUGAUUUGAGAGGCGGGCCUUCUGUGGUGCACAGGACAGCAUGUUUACAGUUAGUAAACAAUGGAGGAGAAACUGGUGGUAGUGAUUGCUAGAUACCCAGAACUACGGCCUGAUGAUAGACAGUAGGUUGUCAAACUGCCCCCGAGUCAUCCUAAAAUAUGCCUGGAAACUGCCAUCAUCAAUGUGAAGCUCCUGGACCAACUGGUGGUACUCCCCGUGAUCCACCCUCUUUUUCAGGGUCUCAUGUACCCACACAGAUCUCAGAAAAACAAACAGUAGAUUGAUUACAUGGGAAGGUUAGGGUAAGGACGUGAUGGGGUAAAAAGACACAGCAAUUAAAAAAAAAAAAAAAAAGCGAUGCACCUGGCAUUUUGCAGCCUGCAAAGUGCUUUCUGUGUGAUUGGGGCCUAACUCAGUGACUUAAAGAUUCAUUUGACUAAACCAGAGCUGGUGAUUGUUAAAACAGUAGACUAACUAACUAGACGACUAACAAAAUUAGCUGAGAUGGUUUUAUGUUGUUUUUGUCGAGUGUGUUUUUAACCAUGAGUAAACAAGGAAAUUAAGCUAACAUAAGUUAGGAAGAUGAAAGAGAGAAACUUGGAUUGGUUUGUAGUUGCAUUUUUCUUUUCAUAAGGAAAAGACCCCACUGACAUGUUGUCACCGCAUAAACAAUUGCCAUUUUAUUAUAUUACUAGUCCAGUGGCCACAGGAAACAGCUCAAUGUCCAUUCUAUUCAUUCUAUUUCUAUGACCACACCUCUGUAAAGCUAGGGACAAAUUUUUAAAAAAUGGUUACAAUUGUUGCAGCAGAGGCUGAGAUAUCUUCACCCUUAGUCCCUUGUAUGGUCAAAGUUAAAAAAAAAAACAGUUUGUUCUACACUUCCCAUAAUGCAACUUGAUAGCAGCUUUGAUCAUUCUCCUCCUGUCUUGUAUAAAUGCCUGUCUUUCAAACAUGCCCCAUUCGUAAUGCAGCCUUUAUAAACUGGUAGUCUCUCAAAGCAGAGGUAACUGUUAUGACAUCAUCAUGACAUCAUCAGGGUAAUUUCAGUGACAUUUAAGAUCUUGGUGUGAAAAAACAGUGGAGUGCCCCUUUAAUUACAAACAGAAGACGUACUAAAACAUACAUGUAUAGUCUCAUAUCACACAGACAACCCUGAUAGGCCAGUAUUUCGCCCAUACUAAAAAUCAAAAUGUGUGAUUCUAACUCAAAUGUCAUCAAAGCUAAGACCAGUCUGCAAGAAGAUGUGGUCCUACUGGAGGACAGUAGCAGGACAGAUGCAUGAUGGGGGAUUUUGUUGAUGGCUACUGCUGCAGAUUCCCAGUCGUGUCUCAUCACCUGAACACACUGACACAAUCUGGACAAAGCCAAACUGCUGUAUUCAGAGCGUCCUGUCUCACAGCCAAACAGUUAGGAUUGUUUAUGAGCAACGAAUGUGUGUGUGUGUGUGUGUGUGUGUGUGUGUGUGUGUGUGUGUAUAUGUGUGUGUGUGUGUGUGUGUGUGUGUGUGACUACUAGGGGAAAAAAGUGACAUUUUCAUGAAGUAGAUCCUCAGUGCUUUUUGUUGUGAGGUUAUGUGUGACCUUGUUCAAUGUCAAACUCAUUUUGUCUGUUGUAAUAGAGAAAUUAUUACAGUUUUUUUGUUGGUAGAUGCACAGGAGAUGAAAAAAGGAGGGUAAAUACUGUAUUUGGGAUCCACACAAUUCUAUAUACUAUGUCCAGGAUGACUUGAAAUCCAUUACUGUGUCACUUUAUGGAAAGGAAGCUAAAUUAUUGUGACUUUAUUUCUCCGUGAGGUUGAGACAAGUUCAGGAAAUGUUUCACUUUUAUCACCAGUUAAGCUAGACAAUUCAUUUCUGACGGACCAAAUCAGCUUAAAGACCCACCCUUUGUGUUGUCUGAUCAGUGUCACAUUAUAUUUGGGAGAAUAGAGGAGACUCUCCCCUAACUUGGAGAGUAGGGAAAUGUUAAUUUAUCCUUUUAAAAAGCAGUUGACUGAAACGUAAGGGAUAAACGCAGAUGAAAGGCUCAUUCACAUCUUCAGUCUAGCUUUAGAUGUAAGUGGUCUCUGCCUCGGAAACCUCAGCGCCCUGUUCCUAAGCUAAUAAUAUGUAAUUUCCCCCCCUGUUAAAGCAAGAAUUCAGUCUGGAGAUUCACUUGUAAAAGGUUUCAAACCCACCCUCCACGGGCCAGGACUAUGUUGUGAGGUUUUUGUGUAAUGCUGUGUACAUAUUGUUGUAGACACUUGAAGGAAACUGUCUAUGGAGUGAAGGAGGAAGCGCUCAUUAAUAUAUUCAUUCACGUUGAUGAGUUUUUAUGUUGACAAAAUGCUUAAAAUAAUAAAAUUAAACACUUAAAGUCUGAA